AUGGAAGAAGUGGUUGUUGUACCUGAAUGUCCUCCCUCGAUGAAGUCUGUUGUAGGUCAGAAAUUCCAGUCAUUGGAUUUCGCUUUUGCUUUCUACGACAUAUAUGCCCGGGCAGUUGGCUUUGAUACGCGCAAACAAGCUAUGAGGAAGGUUGAUGAUGUCACCACGUGGUAUCAAGUUGUAUGCAAUAGGGAAGGACAGAAGAAGGGUGAAGAGGAUGACCAGUUGAAUGCCCGUUCUGGUUUCACAAUCAAGCGUAGGAAGUUAUCUAAGCGGUGUGGUUGUACAGCUAAUAUAUCCUUCAGGUUUUUCUCGGAAGAUUGCUCGUCAGGAUACAUAAUUCAGGAGUUCAAUGAGAUUCAUAACCAUCAAAUGGUUGAGACGGAACAGCAGAAAUUCAUGUCAAGUAAUCGCAAGUUGGAUGAUGUACAUCACAAAUUUAUACUAGACUGUUCCAGGGCGAAUAUAGGACCCACGCUUACAUUUAAGGUAUUGAAGGAGAUUCUUGGUGGGUUUGACCUGGCUGGUUGCACUGUGGGGGAUAUCAGGAAUGCCUCAUGGGACAUAAAAGCAUAUGCACAAGGAGUUGAUGUACAAAUGGUGUUGGAUGACAUGGCUAGGAAGAAGGAGAUGUCCGAGGCUUUCACCUAUCACUACGAAGUUAACGAAUUUGACCACUUGGUUGCUUUGUUUGGUGCGAUGGUGUGA